AUGGUCGGUAUCAUCAUUGCUGCUGCCAGAAGUUAUGGCACUGGCGGAUACCUUAUCCUUCGUCUCCGACAUGUCGCUUUCACCCUGGGAAAUAGCGAGUAUGCAGUGAUAUAA